CCCCGCGGCCCCCCGGGCCCGCCCGCAUCGGCUACUACGAGAUCGAGCGCACCAUCGGCAAGGGCAACUUCGCCGUGGUGAAGCUCGCCACGCACCUGGUGACCCGCGCCAAGGUUGCAAUAAAGAUCAUUGAUAAGACUCAGCUGGAUGAAGAGAACUUGAAGAAGAUAUUUAGAGAAGUCCAGAUCAUGAAGAUGCUUUGCCACCCACAUAUCAUCAGGUUGUACCAGGUUAUGGAGACGGAGCGGAUGAUUUAUCUGGUGACUGAGUAUGCCAGUGGAGGGGAAAUAUUUGAUCACCUCGUGGCCCACGGGCGCAUGGCCGAGAAGGAAGCCCGGAGAAAGUUCAAGCAAAUUGUGGCUGCUGUCAACUUCUGUCACUGUCGUAACAUAGUCCACAGGGAUCUGAAGGCAGAAAAUCUCCUCCUGGAUGCAAACCUGAACAUCAAAAUAGCAGAUUUUGGGUUCAGCAACAUCUUCACCCCUGGCCAGCUCCUUAAAACCUGGUGUGGGAGUCCUCCCUAUGCUGCUCCAGAGCUCUUUGAAGGCAAGGAGUACGAUGGGCCAAAGGUUGAUAUUUGGAGCCUCGGCGUGGUGCUGUACGUGCUGGUGUGCGGGGCCCUGCCCUUCGACGGGAGCACCCUGCAGAACCUGCGCGCGCGGGUGCUCAGCGGCAAAUUCCGCAUCCCCUUCUUCAUGUCCACGGAGUGUGAACACCUGAUCCGCCACAUGCUGGUGCUGGACCCGAGCAAGAGGCUCUCCAUGGAGCAGAUCUGCAAGCACAAGUGGAUGAAGCUGGGGGAGGCUGAUGCAGAGUUCGACAGGCUGAUAGCAGAGUGUCAGCACCUGAAGACCGAGAGGCAGCUGGAGCCGCUGAACGAGGACGUGCUGCUGGCCAUGGCGGACAUGGGGCUGGACAAGGAGCGCACGGUGCAGUCACUGCGAGCCGACGCCUACGAUCACUACAGCGCGAUCUACAGCCUGCUCUGCGACCGCCUCAAGAGGCACAAGAACCUGCGCAUCGCGCCCGCGCCCAGCAUCCCCCGCACCGUCACCUUCCCCACCUCGGCCAACAUCCAGCAGACAGAACAGACAGGCAACACCAUGAACAUCAAUGUGCCCCAAGUCCAGCUCAUCAACCCUGAGAACCAAAUUGUGGAGACUGAUGGAACAAUGAACUUGGACAGUGAUGAAGGGGAGGAACCAUCACCCGAGGCUCUGGUCCGCUACCUCUCUAUGAGGAGGCACACAGUGGGAGUAGCUGACCCACGGACGGAAGUCAUGGAAGACCUGCAGAAGCUCCUGCCUGGCUUCCCCCGUGUCACUCCUCAGGCUCCGUUCCUGCAGGUGACCCCGAAUGUGAACUUCAUGCACAGUGUGCUGCCCAGGCAGAACCUGCAGCCCACGGGGCAGCUGGAGUACAAGGAGCAGUCCCUGCUGCAGCCCCCCACGCUGCAGCUGCUGAACGGGAUGGGCCCGCUGGGCCGGCGCGCGUCCGACGGCGGGGCCAACAUCCAGCUGCACGCGCAGCAGCUGCUCAAGCGGCCCCGGGGCCCCUCGCCGCUCGUCACCAUGACGCCAGCUGUCCCAGCUGUCACCCCUGUGGACGAGGAGAGCUCCGAUGGGGAGCCAGACCAGGAAGCUGUGCAGAGAUACUUGGCAAAUAGGUCAAAAAGGCACACUCUGGCCAUGACCAACCCUACAGCUGAAAUCCCUCCAGACUUGCAGAGGCAGCUAGGACAGCAGCCCUUCCGAGCCCGGGCUUGGGCUCCACACCUGGGACCCGACCAGCACCGUUCCAUCUACAAGGACUCCAACACUCUGCACCUCCCCACCGAGCGCUUCUCCCCAGUCCGGCGCUUCUCCGACGGGGCUGCCAGCAUCCAGGCUUUCAAAGCCCACCUGGAGAAGAUGGGCAAUAACAGCAGCAUCAAACAGCUUCAGCAGGAGUGUGAGCAGCUCCAGAAGAUGUACGGUGGGCACAUGGACGAGAGGACGCUGGAGAAGACACAGCAGCAGCACAUGUUGUACCAGCAGGAGCAGCACCACCAGAUUCUUCAUCAGCAGAUUCAGGACUGUAUCCGGCCUCCCCAGCCAUCUCCACCCUUGCAAGCUCCAUGUGAAAACCAGCCAGCUCUGCUCACUCACCAGCUCCAGAGGUUACGGAUCCAGCCGUCCAGCCCACCCCCAAACCACCCCAGCAAUCAUCUCUUCAGGCAGCCCAACAGCAGCCCGCCCCCCGUCAGCAGCAGCGUGCUCCAGCCCCACGGUGCUGCCUCCCAGUCCCAGUUCCAGGGGAUGGCCUCCCACAGCAGCAUCUUCCCGCAGUCGGGUAACUGUUCCCCUCCACCGGCCAUGGGGCUGACGUGCCUGGCACUGCAGCAGCAGCAGUCGCAGCAGCAGCAGGUCACCAUCCAAGUGCAGGAGCCCGGGGACAUGGUGGGCAGCGGCCUCCUGCCCGGCGCCUCCGUGGGCGGGCAGGGCCUGGCGUCCCACGCGCGGGGCAUGUCCCUGAGCCCCAGCGCCAGCCAGAUCCAGAUGCAGCACCGCGCCAACCUGAUGGCCUCCCUCAGCUACGGCCACCGGCAGCUGUCCAAGCAGCUGAGCGCCGACAGCGCCGAGUCGCACAGUCUGAACGUGAACAGGUAUCCCCCCGCCAACUACGACCAGGUGCACUUACACCCCCACCUGUUCCCGGAGCAGCCCCGCGUUUCCCCCAGCAACUACAGCCCGCCGGGAGGGGUCGGGUUCUCUGCGGCCCAGCAAGCUCUGAAGGUCCCACAGCUCGAGCAGUACCCCAGUUUCCCCCCGAACGCACAUCAGCAGCAGCAGCACUACACGGCAUCGGCACUACAGCAGGCACUGUUGUCCCCGACCCCGCCCGACUACAGCCGACACCAGCAGGUACCGCACAUCCUCCAGGGACUGCUUUCCCCCCGGCACUCGCUCACGGGGCACACGGACAUGCGGCUGCCCCAGGCAGAAUUUGCACAGCUCAUCAAACGGCGGCAGCAGCAGCAGCAGCAGCAAGAAUUCCAAGAGUUGUUCAGGCAUAUGAGUCAAGGGGAUGCUGGGAAUAUGGGCACCAGCAUGGGACAGAACCUCUCGGAGCGCCAGUCGUUGUCUUUGCCUUAUCAGAGUGCCGACACCUACCACCCCCAGAACAGCCCCCAACAUCUCUUAAAAAUCAGGGCGCAAGAAUGUAUGCAGCAGGUGCCUGCCUCCGUGCCGCCGCAGGGGUACGGCCACCAGCCAGCCCUGUUCCACUCGGAGAGCAUGGAGGAGGACUGCGCCUGCGAGGGGAGCAGGGACAGCUUUCCCGACAGUAAGAGUUCAAACACAUUGACCAAAGGUUGCCACGAGACCCCUCUGCUGGUAAACGCAGGAGGGCACGGGGACCCCGAACCUUUGCUAGGAACUGCUAAUCCCGCGCAGGAGCUGGGGACGCACCAGUACAGGCACCAGCCCGCGCCCGGAUUCAGGAAUAAGGUGCCCAGCAGAGAGUCCAUCGUAGGGAACUGCAUGGACAGGAGCUCCCCCGGCCAAGCCAUGCAGGUGCCUGACCACAACGGCCUGGGCUACCCCGUGCGCCCCUCGUCCAGCGAGCACCCGCGGCCCCGCAGCCUGCAGAGACAUCACACCAUCCAGAACAGCGACGAUGCCUACGUGCAGCUGGAUAACUUGCCUGGAAUGAGUUUGAUGGCAGGAAAAGCCCUCAGCUCUGCUCGGAUGUCGGACGCCGUGCUCAGCCAGUCGUCGCUGAUGGCCAGUCAGCAGCUGCGCGACAGGGACGGCGAGGAAUGCGGGGAGAGCUUGGAAGGUCAGGAGCACGCGAACCUGGGCGAUGGCAGCCAGCACCUCAACACCUCCUGCUACCCCUCCACGUGUAUCACGGACGUCCUGCUGAGCUACAAGCACCCGGAGGUGCCCUUUGGGAUGGAGCAGGCAGGGGUGUAACCAGGAGGGAGGUUUGUGUACAGCUUUGAAAUGAAAAGGUCCAUUUUAAACCAACAGUAUCUAGCAGCAUUGCGCCAAAUUGCCGUAGUAUUUCUGACUAACUGGAAUACCAUGGCCCCUUUCCUCAUCCUCACUUCAUCCAGUGUGUCGUUCCUUUGGGUUCUUUA